GCGGGGCGGGGCGUACGGCGGCCGGGAGGGCGGCGGCCGCGGCGGGAUGGAGUCGGUGGUCUUCAUCUUCUCGCUGAUUGACUGCUGCGCCCUCAUCUUCCUCUCUGUCUACUUCAUAAUUACACUGUCAGAUUUGGAAUGUGACUACAUUAAUGCUAGGUCAUGCUGCUCAAAACUCAAUAAAUGGGUGGUCCCUGAGGUGAUUGGCCAUGCUGUCGUAACUGUCUUAAUGCUUAUUUCAUUGCACUGGUUCAUCUUUCUCCUUAAUUUGCCAGUAGCCACAUGGAAUAUAUAUAGGUACAUUAUGGUUCCAAGUGGAAACAUGGGGGUAUUUGAUCCCACGGAGAUCCAUAACCGAGGACAACUGAAAUCACACAUGAAGGAAGCCAUGAUUAAGCUGGGCUUUCAUCUGCUCUGUUUCUUCAUGUACCUUUACAGUAUGAUUCUGGCUUUGAUAAACGAUUGAGACGUGGAAAAAGAACCAUUAGCUGCCAAAUUGGGUCAUCACUCCAGUGACUGGUUGUGGAGCCACAGACACCUUCCGAACGUACCUAGAUCAGUGUCGUCAUGCGGUAUAUUUUUUCCUCUCUGAACAAGAAAUAUUUUUCUGUAUUUUUACCAUAAAAUAUUUUCGAAAGACGUUGGAUUUGUGUAGUGGUUGUUUUUGUUCCUUUACAACCUGAACUGCUGGAGCUGCUGCUUCUGUAAAAUUAAAUCCUUGCUUAGAGAACUGAUCCUUUAGGAAUUAAAUGGUGAGAAGGGAAACUCAUUCCAGCAGCAGCGGCUGAUAACAGUGGUUCCAGAAUAAAAUGUAAGCUCAGUUCUGCUGUCUGCUUCUUACUGAAAGGUGUCAGGAUGUGCCUCUGGCUGUUAGGCUGUCUUGUUAGAGCCUGUUGGAACAGAGAUUUCAGAGUGCAACAGGAACACAGCUCACAGCUUUGUGUCAGUGUUCUUGCCCACUAAAAAGCAAUGGAAUAAAAGUUGUGGUUUUCUCCCUUUCCACCCCUCCCUCCAACAACCUCUCUGAAGUCUCCUGUUUGGAUAGAUUGAGGUUCCUUUGAUGAAAGUGACACUUGUGUGUAAGAGUGAAAACCAGAUAAAUCAGAAAUGUGAUAAAUAUUUGGUUUUUUUACUUCAACUCCUGUUUUGUCAUUUAAAUACACCGUAGACCUCCGUACAACACAAAAGAGCAUCUGCAGCUGCUGCUCCUGAACCUGCUUUUUCCAUCUCCAGUGAGGUGAAUCAAGAGUACACCAAGUUUGGGAAGAUGGCUUGAUAAACCAUAACCCAGUUAUCCCAGUUCUGAUGUAACUGCUUCAAAGACACCAGCAAACUCAGUUCUUUUUGUGCAGCUUUUGCAUCAGCGAUAAGUAUAUAAACCCGAGUUUGUACUCUUGCUCUCUUUAAAUUUUUUAUAUGUGCUUUGAAACAAACACACCAAUACAGUUCUGUAAUUUA